AUGGCGGCGCGUGAGUUCACCCACGACUACUAUGCCGUUCUGCAAGUAUCCGAAGAUGCAGACGAAAAUACUAUCAAGUCCAGCUAUAAACGCAUUGCCUUGAGGAAUCACCCUGACAGAAAUCAGGUUCCUAACGCUACGGCGGAGUUUCAGAAACUGCAGGAAGCUUACGAGGUUCUUAGAGAUCCGCACCAAAGACAUCGUUUUAAUGCUCAAUUAUCACGCAUCCGACGUGACGCCGCUGUCAGAAUUUCGUCUGCAUCGAAUCGAGAAUCAUAUUUUAAUUGCAACGGCCAGUCCACUCAGCUAUAUGAGCAAUCUAUCUACGAGCUGGAGCGCAAGCUCUGUGACUUGAGGAAUGAAAGUGCAAAGCUGCAUCAAGAUUGCGACGCCAAACUUCAAAAACUUCAAAAGCACAAGGCUGCCAUCCAAAGACUUUUAACACAAGAUUAUGAAGCUGCGAAGGAGGACGAUAAGAGAAAUACAUGGAUGAGCUUUCUAACAAUGAACGGAUAUACCCGCCCUGAGCAGGCGCAGCGAAAGCGAGCAGCAACGUUGCGUACUUGCAAUCGAAGAGAUCACGAAGAUAUUGUUCGCGAUCUCGAAGCUGAAAGAGACCGCAUUUCGGUGAAGAUGGUGUCGUUACAUGUCGAAAUUUCUCAGAUCGGUGUGCAGAAGUGA